GGUUGCACUAAAAAAGAAGAGUGAACUUCUCUUGCAACAUUUGUGUUUUUAUUGUGAAAAGGAGGACCAGACAUUUUACCAUGGGGAAAACAGCAGCUAAAGAUUCUAAGAGUAUUAAAAAAGAAAGACAUGGGAACAGUAAUCUGUCAAGCAACCAAUUGUUACAUAAUGAAUAUUUUAACUGGGAUAACUACUUGAAAGAGACCGGAUCCGUAGCUGCUCCCUCACAUUGUUUCAGACAGUCUAGGAUUCCACCUAGCAAUGAUUUCAAAGUGGGGAUGAAAUUGGAAGCUCAUGACCCUCGCAAUGUUACCUCAGUGUGUAUAGCUACCGUUAUUGGAAUCACAGGUGCCAGAUUAAGGUUGCGGCUUGAUGGAAGUGACAACAAAAAUGACUUUUGGAGGCUGGUGGAUUCAUCUGACAUACAGCAAAUUGGAAACUGUGAGAAGAAAGGAGGGAUGCUUCAGCCUCCACUAGGUUUCCAGAUGAAUGCAUCUUCUUGGCCAAUGUUCCUCCUAAGAACACUAAAUGGGGCUGAAAUGGCACCUGCAGCAUUCUUUAAGAAAGAACCUCCAAAGCCUUCUCCAAACUGUUUUAAAGUUGGAAUGAAGCUAGAAGCGAUAGACAGGAAAAACCCUUAUUUAAUAUGUCCUGCAACCAUUGGUGGUGUUAAAGGAGACGAAGUUUUUAUUACCUUUGACGGCUGGCGAGGGGCAUUUGACUAUUGGUGUAAAUAUGAUUCUCGGGAUAUCUUUCCAGUUGGCUGGUGCGACUUAACAGGAGAUGCUCUACAACCACCAGGGAACAGUGUUUCCAGUACAAAGAGCAAUACAAAAGCCCAGACUUCCCCAUCCAAAGUGACGCGGCGCUCAAUGCAGUCUCCACAGAAAUCCUCUCCUCCAGCUCCUGCUGCUGCACCAAGAGGCAGGAAACCUGGCCGUGGAAAACCAUCAGCUCCAUCUGCAGUACUUAGGAAAGGCAGGUCCCCCAAAAAUACUCCUGUGGCCAAAAACACAUCUCAUAAGGAAAAUCUCAAAACAAGGAAAAAAGGCUUAAAACCAGGAAGGAAGAAAAAAGUCUUACCAGUGCAAUCUCCAGUGUUUUCUCCUACCCUUACUUCUACAAAAGUGGACAACGGUAACCCUCAGAUACACAAGGAUGGGCCUAGCAUUGCUGGUGCAAUGGCAGCUGUCAUUUCAACAGUUUGUGUCUAUGUUAACAAACAUGGAAACUCUGGGCCACAUCUGGAUAAAAAGAAGGUUCAGCAGCUUCCUGAUCAUUUUGGACCAGGUCCUGUGAACGUGGUGCUUCAGCAGGCUGUGCAAGCCUGCGUGGACUGUGCCUAUCAAUCCAAAACUGUCUUUGGAUUUCUAAAGUCGGGGCAUCAUGCAGGAGAGAUGAUCACUGCUUCCUUUGAUGGGGGGAAGCACGCCAUCAGUCUUCCUUCUGUAAACAGUGCAUCGUUUGUCCUGCGCUUCUUGGAGAAACUCUGCCACAGCCUCCAGUGUGAUAAUCUUUUUAGUAGCCAGCCCUUUAGUCCUUACAUGGGAAGUGCACAUAGUCCUACGGAAUACGAUAGAAACAAGCCAGCAAAAGAAGAAAUUUCAGAUAACAGAAGUACAAAGCGGUAUUCUAAGGAUUCACCACCCUACACUGCCCCUCUGUCCCCUAAACUCCCAAGAACUGAAGCCCAUCCAUCAGAAGCAGAAACCCUGCCGAGUGAAGAAAAUGGCACCCCCAAAGAACACAGGUUUUCUGAGGAGUCAAUGGAUUCUGCACUUAAUUCAGUCAAUCCUUCAAGCCCUACCUGCCGGAAUUCCACUGAAUAUAGAACCUCAGGGAGUGUAGCCUAUUACAGGAAUUCUCUUCCACCAGUGACUGCUACCUCAAACACAGCAUCAAUCCUACGGAGACUAUCAUCAAGUUCUGCUGGGAACAGCAGUUACUAUGAAGUCAACAGGAACAGACUGCAAAGGAGGAUUGAAGCUGCAAGCUCUACAACAGGACCUGACCUCAGUGCAUUAAAACGGGAGCCUUCCCGCCCACACAAUAAGGACCCUACUACAUGGUCCAUAGAUGAAGUGAUGCGAUUUGUGAAAGAAGCUGAUCCUCAAGCACUAGCACCCCAUGCAGAACUCUUCAGAAGACAUGAAAUUGAUGGAAAAGCUCUGCUGUUACUGAGGAGUGAUAUGAUAAUGAAAUAUAUGGGGUUAAAGCUGGGGCCAGCAUUAAAGCUGUGCUACCACAUCGAGAGACUUAAACAAGGGAAGUUCUAGGCAGUGGAUGCACAAUCACAAGGUUACACGUUUAGCGGACAGCUUCUCAGGUUCACAAAGAAGAGGGGCACAAUAUAGCAGGAACCUUGCCUGCACAAGCAUCUUAGAAAUGGAUGGAAUAUGGUCCCAUUCACUUCUGCAAAGUAAGUUUCCAGCAGAUUGUGUCCAGUGUUCUAUUUAUAAAGCAUUGUCCUAAACCAUCAUUGGUUGGCAGAAGUUUCUUCUCAAAAUAUGAAAGUUGUUGUAAAGGGAAAAGUUUUACAUUCUUGUAUUUAAUAAACUUCUUUUAAAGGUGCAGGUAAAAGGCACCAUCGAGAGUAUUUAUAGCGGAAGCUGUAAAAUAUAUUCUCGACUGUUUGGCUUCAGCUAGUGCAUUUUCAUUCGGAACCAAAACAGCUGAAUUCCAAAGGAUUUUUUUUUAAAAAAAAAUCAGGAUCUGAAAGUAUUUGCAAAGGUAGUUGGAUUAAUAUCUUAAAGCAGGAAAAGGUAUUAAUGUUUGCAAUGAUUUCACCCCUCAAUUUUAUAUCUGGUGCUCCAGGAGAUUCGUGUUCAGAUUAUGCUAUAUAGAUUUCCUUAAAGGGAAUAGCCAUAUGAAUUUUUCUGUAUGCGUGUGCUGUAUGUUUAAAAACAAAUAUAUAAACUGUCAUUUUAAAUUAUGAGGGGAACCUUGCAGUAUGUUGACAAUUUAAGCUGGCAAUAUUUUGUUUUUGAGAAGGAAGUUCUCAUGGUGAUUUGAGCAUCCAAUCCAGAUGAAUGAACAGAUUCUCAGUUUGCUCAUUGGAAUACAUCAUCUAUCAUUCUUAAACAUUCCAUCUCUUUGCGGAACUCAGCAUGAACAUAUAUGUUCAUGCACUUGUGUAUUUAUGUGUGUGUGUGUGUGUGUGUGUGGGAGAGAGAGAGAGAGAGAGAGAGAGAGAGAUGCUUAUAUAUUGUACAUAGUGUUCAUGGUUUUUUUAAAAAAGAAAAAGUCUUUUGAAGGUACUUUUGCACUGUGACAUAUGAAACUGUAGAGAUCAACUUUUUUACUUGUAAAAAAAUGAAACAUGCACAACACAUUUUGGCCUCAGUUUACAGGUUGUUAGGCACAGUAUCAAGCUAUGUACAUCGUGCUGUGCAUUAGGAUCUCCCACAUAGAUACCAAUAUAACACAUGGCUAGAUG